AUGUUUGGUAACAAAAGCCUUUUUGGUUCGACUACAACAUCCACACCUUUCUCAGCUGCUCAGCCAACUGCUCAGCCAUCUCAGAAUACACAGUCUGUUGCUCAGAUAUGCGCGGUAAAUGAGUUCAUCUUUUUUAUGCAAACUUUAGGACACAAAUGUUUUGCUGAAGUCUCUUUGCGGACCAGAACUGUUCAAUGAUGAGAAGGAUCGGGUAGUAUCAAGGUUAAAUCAACUCCAAGUCGGGUUCGGAAUCGGAUCUGGUUAUUAUGCGAAUGACAAACAACCUGUAGAAUACAAUGCAAAAAACAUUUUCCAUCGUUUCAAAGGGGUGGUCUAUAAUAAGAUCUCGGACGCUUCAGAUGACGAUGGAAUCUGUGGUCUCAUUCUUAAUGUCCCUUAUAAUCAGAUAUCAGACGGUGCACAACAGAGUAAUGUAGGUUUUUUCUUUUCGUGGAUUUUUUUAGGUUUGCGAUGUUGAACUAGAAUGUCUUGUUUUUAGUUGGCCGGAAAACUUGAUGAGAUUCUUGGGCAGAAGCAGUUUGUAAACACGAUCGUCGAGAGAGUGAAGCCAGUGGACGACUCCAGGACCGAAGUACUCAUUCAUGUCUUUGAGAAGGGUGUUGGCAAGGUCAGGGCUACCCAUUUAUUUAAAUUCCUGUCCCAACCAGACAAAAUGAAAGCUCUUGAGACCCAACUGAAGUGCUCUCAAGUAGUGCCAUUGGUAUCCUUGAGCUUGGAAUCUAAAGAAAAGUAUCUCAACAACGCCCCUGAUGGGUUUAGCCCUCAACUCUGGCUUCAAGGGGUCAGAUCGAAUCCACAUCCUCAUCAUUUCCUCCCUUCUCCUGUUUAUGGGUUUGACCAAUUGUUGGAGAGACAUAAAAUGCAAAAAGUUUCUGACUUGGCCCUCCAAACAGCCUUAGGGCAUGCCGACGAGAAGAGAGAACGCAUAGAGAAGGUGAUCAAUUGGGAUGUGAGCAAAGUCAAGGCCUUAUCCAAUACCCAUAAGGAGCUGUCCCAUCGAUUAUUGAGAGUUGCCUGCGCAUUUUUGAGACAAAUUCGACAAGGAUAUGGACUUAGCCAGAGGGAGGAUAAGCUGGGGGCAGCCGCAGAACAAUGCAACGCUAUGUUGUUUUCGCCAAAUGCACUAAAGGUAAAUCCUAUUGUUAUUUCUAAUAUGUUUUUAGGAUCGUAUCAAUGCCAUCUUCAACUUGUUGGGGUCUGAUAAGGAGAAAUUAAAAGAAUAUUUUGCUUCAAUUGAUCUCAUUCUGACGGAAGAUGAAGCUUCAGAAGCCAAGUUCUGUUUGUCUUCGGUUCAGAAUAAAUUGGAAAGAGUGAAAUCUCUUCAGCAAAAGGAUUCUAGGGACCUCAAAGUAAUUGAAGGCAAAGAGUGA